AUGACAACGGCGCAAGGACAAAAGGAUCUGCAGGCUGGACUCGAUUCGGUACUCAAGCUGGCGGAAGAACAACAUAUGGCCGUGAAUUCCGAAAUAAAGAACCAAUUGCAGGAACUCAUCUCAAAAGAAGACUUGAUUGAGACAACAAAGUCAGAACAAUCUAGUCAGAUUUCGGAAUACCAAAUAAUACUCAGGGAGAUGGAACCAUUUAAGGUGUCAUGUGCGUCGUCUCCACCUGGUUGGACUGUAAUUCAGAGACGCAUUGACGGAUCCGAGAACUUCAAUCGAACUUACAAAUGGAUUUGCGAAUGUCGCUACGCUCAUUAUGAUGCCUUUAAUAUUGGGUGUGAGGAGGAAUACUACAAGUUGAAGAAUCUAGGGAAAUAUUCUGGUGAUGCCGGAGACUCCCUGACAUUCCAUAAGAACCAAAAGUUCUCCACAUAUGAUCGGGAUAAUGACAACACUGAAAGAAAUUGUGCCUCCUUAUUUGGUGGAUGGUGGUACGAUCACUGUGGAUUCAGUAUGCUCAAUGGAAAAUACUUCCAAGAUGGCAGAGGCAGUUUAGGAAUUAUGUGGGGUUUAUGGCAUAACAACGACUGGAAUAUAUCACUUACAUUCGUUGAGAUGAUGUUAACGCCCAAGUUCUUAUGA